AUGGGGCCUAGGUUCGCAUUGGUGACCCAAAUCGUCUCCAGCUCCGAACUGGCAGCCAACUACCAUGGCAUCUACACCGUCCGCAAAGCUGCGACCGCAACAGCUCUCCAGCGUGCCCUGGCAUCCGCCCCAACUGCUCAUCCAUAUGAUACACUGGAUUCGGAUUUCUCGAAGCUCUUGAAUGUACGAAAAGUGGCUGCUUCAAUCAACACGCGAGUGGCCGACGGCGAAUUACCGCCGAUCCGUGCAUUGACCUUGAAUGCGGGCUAUCAGGAGCAUAGGAUGCUGUCGAACUGGGGAACAACUUGA